AACUAAAAAUUACAAGUUGGCUUUUUUGUUGAUUAGUGUCUACUUGUUAGAUAAUGAUUUAUACGUUAACCGAGAUGAUGGCAUCGAAGGCGAAGGCGCUUACGUUCUUUUGUUGUGUGGCUCUCAUCAAUCUUGCCAUUGCCCAGGAUCAAUCAGAAUUCAUUAGCAUAGAUUGCGGGUUACAACCGGAUAAUUCCAGCUACACGGAAACAUUGACUGGUAUUAAGUAUGUUUCGGAUUCGAGUUAUACGGAUACAGGGACAAGCAAUUUCGUUGCGCCUGAGAAUAGACAAAAUAUGAAGCAGAGCAUGUGGUCUGUUAGAAGUUUUCCAGAGGGAAUCAGAAACUGUUACACUAUUGCUGUUAAAAGCAGCACUAAGUAUUUGAUCCGGGCGGCUUUUAUGUACGGUAACUACGAUUCGAGGAACGAGAUACCGGGAUUCGAUCUUCACUUGGGUCCAAACAAAUGGGACACUGUUCAAUUGGUGUCCCCUCUCCAAGCAGAGUCCAAGGAGAUCAUAUAUUAUGUGUUGACAGAUACAUUACAAGUGUGUUUAGUGAAUACAGGAAACGGUACGCCUUUUAUAUCGGUAUUGGAACUUAGACCGUUGCCGAAUUCUUCUUAUGUAUCUCAAUCUGAAUCACUUCAACUCUUUCAACGGUUGGAUUUUGGAUCGACAACAAAUUUAACGGUCAGGUAUCCAAACGAUGUUUUUGAUCGGAUAUGGUUUCCCUCCACGCCAAAUGGGACAAAGCCGUUAAGUGACCCGUCGACUUCUCUCACAAGCAACAGUACCGGUAAUUUCCGUCUUCCACAAGUUGUAAUGAGAACUGGAAUUGUACCAGAUAAUCCAAGAGGGUUUGUAGAUUUUGGAUGGAAUCCAGAUGAUCCGUCUCUUGAGUUUUUCUUUUACCUGUAUUUCACGGAACUUCAACAACCGAAUUCCAGAUCAGUAGAAACAAGAGAAUUCGUGAUCUUGCUGAACGGAGAGGCUAUUGGGCAACCGCUUAGUCUUGAUUACUUCCGGACCUUAGCCCUGAUCACUCCAAACCCUUUGAAAGCACAGACCUUCCAGUUUUCUCUUCGUCAGACUCAGAGUUCAUCUCUUCCACCUUUGAUCAAUGCUAUGGAGACUUACUUUACUAAGAAACUUCCGCAAUCAUCGACCGAUCAAAACGACCUUUCCGCUAUGAGGAAUAUUAAGUCUGCAUAUAAAGUCAAGAGAAACUGGGAAGGAGACGUAUGUGUGCCUCAAGCUUACACAUGGGAAGGUCUGAAUUGUAGCUUCAGUGGCACAAACAGGCCUAGAGUAAUAGCUUUGAACUUGUCAUCCGCCGGAUUGACAGGAGAGAUAACGUCUGAUAUAUCGCGGCUUUCACAGUUGCAAAUUCUGGACUUAUCCAAUAACAAUUUGACUGGACCAAUACCAGCUUUCUUAGCUCAACUCCAAUUCCUGAGAGUCUUGCAUUUGGCAAACAACCAGCUUAGUGGUCCUAUACCAUCUAGUCUCAUGGAGAGACUAGAGUCAUUUACUAUCAAUGGGAAUCCAAGUAUUUGUCCUACAAAUGCGUGUGAAGAGGUCUCAAAAAAUAAAUCAAAGAAGAAUAAAGUUCCCAGCUUUGUCAUUCCAUUAGUUGCAUCACUUGCAGGGCUGCUUCUUCUUAUUAUCAUAUCUGCAGCUAUAUUUUUUAUCCUCAUGAGAAAAAGGAAACAAGGUCGAACGAUUAACCGGACAGUUACAGCUACGAGUAAUGGACCGUCAUUACAGAGGAGAGAUACUGGUUCAAUGCGUCCAUCUAUGCAGCGAAGAGAAGUCGGUUUUUCAACACGGCCAUCUUUACAGAGAAUUGAGAGCGGAAUGACGGACUACGAAGGGAAUGAAACAGCGGUUGAUGCGUUUGAUUUGGAACCCGCAAAUAGGAAGUUUACAUAUGCAGAGAUUGUCAAUAUUACAAAUGGGUUUGAGAGAGAUCAAGGGAAGGUAGGAUUUGGAAGAAACUAUCUUGGACAGUUAGAUGGUAAAGAAGUAACUGUCAAGCUUGUUUCUUCACUGUCUUCUCAAGGCUACAAACAACUCAGAGCAGAGGUCAAACACCUUUUCAGAAUUCAUCAUAAAAACCUUAUAACCAUGCUUGGUUAUUGCAACGAAGGCGAUAAAAUGGCGGUUAUAUAUGAGUACAUGGCUAAUGGAAACUUGAAACAACAUAUCGCAGAGAACAGUACAACUGUUUUUAGCUGGGAAGAUAGGCUCGGGAUCGCGGUUGAUGUCGCACAAGGACUUGAACCCGGGAUGAGUCAAGUGGUGACGGCUCUUAAGGAGAGUUUAGCUGUAGAGGUUGAGAGGAAAAAGCAUUUGCCAGUUGUAUCAACAGAUUCACUUGAAGAGCUCGCACUUGGCUUUGGUUCCAAUCCACCUCCUCGUUUGAGAUGAUUAUUUAUUGAUUUUGUUUUUUUUGUAAUGUUUGUGGUCUCUGAAAAUAAUUUGUUACAUAAGUUUUUUUUUUUGUGAGUUGGAAUAACCAAAAAAAUCGUUGUGCAUACAGGUUUGAUCCAGAUUUGAGGAUUUUUCUUACCGUUUAUAGUUUUAGGUCUGAUUAGGGUUUUGUAUGGGAAGAAAAGAUUAAGCAGCCAAGCGUGGGGAACAAAUUUUGCAAGGACUU